AUGGGAGAAGAGAGACAAAUCUUGGAAUGCUUAGUUUCUUACGGAAGAAGCAAGAAGACGUUUUGGUUUACAAGUUCUCUUACGGAAAACUUGUGGGAUCGACUAUGUAAUGAAAUCAAGCAAGAGUUUGACGACUUGUUGCAAGAUGUUGAAACAGAUUCGAUUGAGAUAACAUUUAAAUCAGGUCAGAGGAUUCGCCGUCAGGAGGAAUUCGAAACGUUUGUUAGCAGCAUUCCCGAGGACGACAAUGGGAUUAAGCAUAUUGAAUUCAAGCGAGAUUUUUCCGCAUAUAGAAAGUUUAGUCAGCUCGAACCCAUACUUGGAGUGAAAGCGUGCGAUUUCACACAAUUACCAGAUUUAAGACUUCCUUUAGCGGUCAAUACCGAACCAUAUGAAGGCGCUAUUUGUCACGCAAUGAAGCAGAUACAGUUAAUUUUGAAUACGUCUGGAGUGAUAGAUAUAUGUAAUGAAAUGGAACGUUCAGUAUUCGUUGACACAAUUUUACGUGGUAUUGUUUCAACUUUUGAUAAAAAGCAGAAGGUUAAAUUACACUUGGAAUUUAUGGUGACUGGUCCUUACGGGAAAGGACGGACGGAUUUCACUAUCAACUGUGAGUGCACAAUUCUUUGUGUAACUGAAUCUAAACGCUUCGACUUGGAAUAUGGUUUUUGCCAAAAUUUAAUUCAGUUGCAAAGUGCUUGCAAGGAAAAUAUUCGCAAACGAAAAAGAGACGAUCAGGAGGAGGACGUUGAAUAUGUGUAUGGAAUUGUAUCAACUGGCGAUAAGUGGUAUUUCACAAUGGUCACUUCUAACAAUGAAGUUGCAGCGAGAAGCAUGCAGCCGAUAUCACUAAAUCUUAGCACGAUUGAGGUUGAUGAAACUCAGCUUAAAAGUGAGACACAAAAAUUGUUUGCGACAAUUCGUGCAAUGCUUGAUGAUAAAAUUGCAAGCAUUUCGGAGCCAUCCGCAAAGAAAAAACAACGAUUGGAGAAACUUUUGAAUUACCCGUAUAUGAAAGAUUAUUAUUAUUAUGGUUCCACCGAAUAUGACAAGUUGAAAGCAAUGAAUGGUGGAGAAAUAACUGCCAGUCGACGUCUCAAAAAGACAACGCGAAUUGGUCGCACUCACUUCGAAAACGUCAGAAAUCAUUUAGCAACGAAUGCCGUAAAAAAUUUUCUCGAAAACUAUGCUGAAAUUCAUGGACUACCAAGUCCUGGUAGAAAUGUUAAUCGCAUUACUCAAUCGCUUACACUUUUGCCAGCCGAAACGAGUUAUAAGUCAGUCUAUCGUGAUUUUAUUGCAGAACAUUUAGUUAAGGCUAAAUUAGAGAGAAAUUAUUACAACAAAAAUACGAAGUUAGCAGAACAACAGAGAAAUAUUGGUAAACAAGCAGUUUAUAACAAGAGUCUGCGUAAAGUGCAUUUAUUUGGUAUUCAAGAUGAAGCAGUACGCGAUGAAGACGAAAUUAUCGGCAAAGGUCCUAAUGGCACACUGAGCCUGAUAUUCGAUGGAAUUAAGAGAUUAAAUAAAGUAAUUUGCGGCUAUUAUGAAAGUAUUGAAUUAAAUUUCAUGGUUGAUGGUAGUUUUGGAUUGGUUAAAAAACUAUAUCGCAAAACAAUGGUAAAUUGUGUGAACGAUAUUGUUGAAGUUGUGAAAAAAUCGAGUACAACUGGAUUAAAUAAGGCUCAGCGUUAUGACAGCGGAAAAGGCUUUCAAUACUUAGAUUUUAACUCUGUGUUGGGAAUUUUCUUUAAGAAAUUGAGUGGUUUACAAAAGUAUCAGCAUUUUGUAUUUGAAGCAGCCAAUCCUGAAGUUGUCAAAGCUCAGAUGGUUGUUAAUGAUGCUUUUACUGAAUUUAAUUUAUUAAAAACCAGAAAAGCAAACGUUUCUGAAAUUACCAAAGAAAUUCCAUCUUAG